AUUCCACUUUAUCUACUUGCUAUAUCACUGCUUCUAAUCUUAAACUUUAUCUGUCGUAUUCUGUUGUGACUGUGUUUCUAUUCUAAGAUAAGCUACAAGUAGUCCAUAUAUUCAUCCCACUCUAGUUGAUCUAUAUAUCUCUCAACCAAACUCCAACCGCCAAUCAACGGCUUAUUAUUAUCUUCAAUCCAAAACAUCUUCUCCAUAAUAUCGUAUAAAUCUUUCAACUUAUCAUCUCAAUUAUAUUUAUUACUAAAAAAAAAAAUAUAAUAAAUUAAAUUUCAAACAAAAAUGAAAUACAACCAAAUUUUCCAGAAAUAAAACGAACAAAUAUUAUUAUUUAUUUUAAUAAUUAUUAUGAAAACUAACAAAAUUCAAACAUUUUGAAAUCAUGCAUUUUUAACACACCAAAAAUCAGAAAAUACAUCACAACAACAAUAACAACAACAACAACGAAGACUACGAGGGCUUGAGUAUCAUUUUAUGCAACCAACAACGACGACAUUGUUAGUUGCAUCAAAUUGGAUGUACAAUUCGAGAAUAGAAUCAAAAACAACAGCAAAAUCAUCAACUAACUACAAACGAAGCCAUGAAAGAUGUCCACCUUAGCUCCUCAACCAAUAACCAACCCACCAGCAAUAAUGACUAUCAAGGCUCAUACAGCCAUAUACGGGCAUUGGUACGCAGCAUCCACGAUGUUGGGAUUACAAAUGCAGCAACCCUCAAUAUGCCUCUCAUAGAAUCGCUCCCAUCUUCAGGAGUUGAUAGAGAUGAUGGUAAUGAUGAUGAUGAUGAUGGUCAAGUCAUUGAACCUGAUACCACGGUCUUGAGUGUGGAAGUUGUGUCGUUGCAAAAAAUUGUGCCAACAUUCUUAAUAAGCGAUCCCGGCAACAAUGGAGUAUCCACAAGUCCCACAGAUGCCCAUAGUCCCACGAGACGUUUUAGCCAGUUUACACUUGGACUUCGACGAUUCUCUGCGAACCUUAAUCGAUACGGUGAUUCUAUGGGUUCAUUAGGACACAGAGCACUACUGCAGUAUAUUGACUCAAAUGAUCUGUCAGGACUUAAAUCGGUUUUAGAUAACCGUCAUCUGGCCAUUGAUGAUCGAGACGAGAAUGGAACCACAGUACUUAUGGUUGUAGCUGGACGUGGUCUUGCUCCGUUUGUUCGAGAGUUCAUUGCUCGUGGAGCUGAUGUACAAGCGGAGGAUGCUGAUAAUUGGACGGCAUUAUUGUGUGCAGCCAAGAGUGGUCAUUUAGAUAUUGUACAAAUAUUAUUGGAUAAUGGAGCUGACAUUGAACACAGGGAUAUGGGUGGCUGGACAGCCCUUAUGUGGGCGUCUUACCGCGGCCACACGGACAUUGUACAACUUCUGCUUGAGAAAAAUGCCGAUGUCAAUGCCCACGGCAACUAUCACCUUGGCCCAUUACUAUGGGCAGCUGGACGAGGACACAAGGAAAUUGUCGAAAUGCUUGUCCAACGCGGAGCAAAAGUCAAUGUCGGUGAUAAAUAUGGAACAACGGCCUUAGUAUGGGCCUGUCGCAAGGGUAACGCUGAAGUAGUAGAAAUUCUACUGAAAGCUGGCGCCAAUGUUGAUACAGCUGGCAUGUACUCAUGGACGCCACUUUUAGUUGCCACUUCGGCUGGUCACACUGAUUGUGUGUCAGCACUGCUUGAAAAGAAACCCAAUGUAAAUGCUCUGGAUAAAGAUGGUAUGACAGCGCUUGCAAUAGCGAGCAGAGAAGGCCUGCAGGACAUUGUGAGUUCUCUAAUUGGAACAGGAGCAUAUAUAAAUAUUCAAGAUCGUGUUGGCGAUACACCACUUAUUCAUGCAGUGAAAGGAGGUCAUCGAGGAGUUGUUGAGGCUCUGCUUAAAAAGCAUGCCGAUGUAGAUAUACAGGGUAAAGACCGAAAGACUGCUUUAUACACAGCUGUUGAGAAGGGGCACACGCAAAUCGUGAAAAUGCUUCUCUCUUCGAAUGGUGAUCUGGAAUUGGCUACAAAAGAUGGUGAUACAGCUCUACUCAGAGCUGUUCGUAAUCGGAACCUAGAUAUGGUACAAAUGUUACUCGAUCGAAAGGCUAAAGUAACGGCAAGUGAUAAGAGGGGAGAUACCUGCCUUCAUAUAGCAAUGCGGGCUCGUUCUAAGGCAAUUGUUGAAGCUCUCCUGCGUAAUCCAAAGAACAGCCAACUUUUGUAUAGGGCUAAUAAAGCUGGCGAAACCCCCUAUGCCAUUGAUACACUUCAUCAAAAAACCAUUCUUGGUCAAGUAUUCGGUGCUCGUCGUUUAAACACAAACGAAGACUCCGAAGGAAUGCUCGGCUAUGAAUUAUACUCAUCGGCGUUAGCUGAUGUCCUCAGUGAACCUACCCUAACCACUCCUAUUACAGUUGGUCUCUAUGCCAAAUGGGGAAGUGGCAAGAGUUUCUUGCUGAAUAAACUCCGAGAGGAAAUGAAUAACUUUGCCCAUCAAUGGGCAGAACCCCCGGUUAGUGCAAGUGGUCUGCUGUUCCUAGUUUGCCUGCAUCUUGCUUUAGUUUUAGGCACUAUUGUUGGCUUGUCCACUUGGUCUGGUGUGUGGGGAGCAGGAGCAGGGUUAACAUUUAUGGUUGUGGUAUAUCUAAUUGCUGCCGGCAUUAGAUAUGCAAAUCACAGAAUGGACAUGUAUUGGGCAUUCUCCAUACAUCAUGGAAUAGUCAAACGAAUCGGGAGACUUAGAUUGAUACUUCAAGUUGCAUUUUGUCAUCCACCUGGAGCGCAAAGUGAUGCACAAGCGAAACCUGUAAGAUUUCAUUUUGCCGAAGCAAGUAGUGCAUCGCCAACGGGAGAGGGCGCUGUAGCCCAAAUGCUAUCGAAUCUAUUCGAUGCCAUUGAAAUACACUAUGGAUGGCUAGCAACUCGUUUAUAUCGUGCCUUCCAGCCUAGAGCAAUAAAAGUUUCGGCCGGCUGGCGGUGGCGCCGUAUGUGUUGUGUGCCAAUUGUCCUGGUUUUUGAACUGGGUCUUUUGACCUUCAUCGCUGGGGUAUGUCUGGUGAUUUCAUACUUUUCGUAUUAUGCCGAGGUAGACCGUGAAAGCGUCCGAAUGUCAAUUUUUGUGAUAGCCGCCAUCUUGAUUACCGUUGUUUGUACAAAUUUGCAUGUCCUAGCAAAAGCAUUUGGUUCGUUAUUUGUCUCUCAAGGAAGACACUUGAGAAAAUCUGUGCGACACAAUGAAGGAGCACCUCUAUCGGCUCUUGGAACAGAAGUCGCCCUAAUGACUGAUAUGGUGAAGUGCCUUGAUGCCUUUACAAACCAACAAAGCCGACUUGUAGGCGUUAUAGACGCUCUAGAUUCAUGUGAUACCGAACGCAUUCUAUCUGUAUUGAAUGCCGUUCAAACCCUACUUUCUGCCCCAAAUCGUCCAUUUGUAUUGUUAAUUGCCGUCGAUCCACAUGUUAUUGCCAAAGCUGCUGAGGCUAAUAGUCGUCGAUUAUUUACCGAGGGUGGAAUUGGUGGUCAUGAUUUCCUUCGAAAUCUUGUCCAUCUUCCUGUUUAUUUACAAAAUUCCGGAUUACGUAAGGUUCAACGAGCACAAAUGACUGCUUUGCUCUUCAAACGGAACUAUGCUGAUUUCCAAUCAGAUGAACCAACUUUGGGACAUUCGGUGUCGGCUCGACGUUUGUCAAAUGCAUCGGAAAUAAUGUCCAGUCAGGAGAAACUUCGAGCUCCGUUGAAUCCUAAUCGUGGUGGCAAUAAGAAAUUACGCCUAUCGGAGUCUGUAGCCAGUUCGAUUGGUUCGAAUCUGCAUCGUAUGGGACAGAAUCCACAGGGUGUUCUGGAUAUGUCGAAAAUUAUGUUAACUGACGAUUACUUUAGUGAUGUAAAUCCGAGAAGUAUGCGAAGAUUAAUGAAUGUGAUCUAUAUAACAGUUCGACUUUUGAAAGCAUUCCAAAUAGAUUUUAGUUGGUAUCGUUUAAGUUCAUGGAUUAACCUAACUGAACAAUGGCCUUUGCGUGCAAGUAUGAUUGUCCUGCAACAUGAUUAUGCUAUGGAUUCGCUAGACGAUUCUGUUUCAUUGCAAAGUGUCUAUGAAAAGGUUCGUCCAAAAUUAGGAUGCCUUCGUGAAGCAGCACCACUGCUUGAGCUUGAUCGUGAUGAGCGUAAGCUCGAUGCCUUUUUGCAACUACACAAAUCUGAUUUGUUAGUUGCUGACCUUAGAAUAUUUCUUCCAUUUACAAUUAAUCUAGAUCCGUAUUUGAGAAAAGUAUUAAAAGAGGAUCAACAAGCUAUUGAAGAUGAAGGAGCUAUUGUUAUUCAAUCAAAACCAAAUAUACCACCGCCAAUUCGCAUCCCACAGUCACAACAACAUUAUAUGGCACCGCCUUAUGCACCCUAUCAAGUAUUCCAAAAUGAAGCGAUGUACAAUCCAAAUGUGAUACAUCCCCAAAGUGGAACAAUGUCUGAGGUCCGAACUCCAGUUAGUCCUGCAGCAUAUUCUCCAAUCGAUUCGUUCCCAGAAGAUAUUUUACAAAUCAAUCUCUCAGAACUGUCUGUGGAUGGUGUUGUGGGUCUGUUGGAACGUAUUGAAGAUUUAAAACCAGCCUUGCCAAAGUUAGCUCCAGUUUUAAAAGAGAAUUCUAUCUCAGGCAGAGUUCUUAAACACUGUGAUAUAAAUGAUUUAAAAUCGGUAUUAGGUCUUUCAUUUGGUCAUUGGGAAUUGUUUCGAUUAUUAAUCACAACAUUACGUGAUUGUGAAAAAAUGCAAAGAAAAAUUAAGAUUACACCAGCCAUAACCACCGAUAAUAUUAAGGAAACACCUGAAAUGCACACUCUUGCCCCAACUGCACCGCAUUCCCGAAAGAAUUCCAGUACAAGCCACAUGGAAAAACAGGUUACUCUUGAAGAGCAAAUGAUUUGUGGUGCCUUGCAAACUUUAAACGAAGAAGCCUUCGAAGAUGUUGCCAGCAGUGAAAGACCAAGUCCCACCGGCCUACCAACAGUGUCCCUAGCUAAUGUGGGUGGUCACAUUAAUAAUGGGCAAUUUAAAGAAAUCGACAUGUAUCAAGUGCGUCAUAGUUUGGUUGGUGAUUCAAGUACGACUGCAUCUGUGCAGCUUUUAGCAGCCGCACAGAGGGCCGCCAACUAUGACGAAGAGCAAAGAAGAAAUAUUACUACCACAGUUCCAACUGUGGUUGUUAUACCAAAUAUUGAUGCUAAUGGAGUUGAUGACACAAAAUUGUAGGAUAAAAAAUUAAAUAAUUUUUUUUUUUUUAGAUAAAUAUUCAACUAAUUGUAAAUAUACAACAAUAUAAUGUAGUAGUGUGUAGAGACUAAUUAUGGUGGAAGAACAAUAUGUAUGGGUUAUUUUCUUA